UCAACAACCUUUUUGCAGACCCUCCCACUUCAUCUGCUGAUACAGCUCUCACACGAAUUCGUCGGCGGCUUUUGGUUGACGCGGAAAGAGGAAGAAUGGGCCACUCCAACAUCUGGAACUCUCACCCUAAGAACUACGGCCCCGGAUCCCGCACCUGCCGUGUGUGCGGGAACCCCCAUGGGUUGAUCAGAAAGUAUGGGCUUAUGUGCUGCAGACAAUGCUUCCGCAGCAAUGCCAAGGAAAUUGGCUUCAUCAAGUAUCGCUGAACUGACACUGCUGGUAUUGCCAGAGCUCACUGGAGGAACUUUUUCCUUUUGUGGGAUGCUUUUGAUGCCUUUUCUCAGAAAUUUGUGUAAUGAGAAUGUUUACUUAAUCUAUGACUCAACUUGAAUUGAUUUUGUGAACCAACAGAUUAUAUUUUUCUUACAGUCUCAAUUUUUGUCGUUCCAUUUAGCA